AUCACUCAACAUGCAUUUUCCAAUUGUCCUUCUCUCUCUCUUUCUGGCUGUUGCGGUCUCCAUGGCACCACCCCAAAAGUACUCGGACAUUUUCGAGCCUAUCAGCAACGGCUUGAAGGUUAUCAAGGAUCCGUCGGUUCCGAUCAGAGUCGGAAGAAUAGAGUUCUACUGGGAUGGACACUUUCAGGAGACAUUUGAAAACCCAGUCCAAUGUGAAGUAAGCGUUCUCUCGGAUGAUUGGUCGCUUGGAAAAGUGAAGUUUCGGGAUGGAAGGGCUCCGAAAUCAAUGCGUUUUUCAUGUCCGGCAGGAGCAUACUGUGAUUCUUUUGACUGUGCUCAACGAGAUUAUUGGAGUGUUAUCUUCAUGAUAUUAGCAUUGAUUCUUCUGCUUUCACUCCUCUUGUUGGUCAUCAACUCGGUGUUUUGCAAGAAACGCAAUCAUACUUACAUCAUCCUUCAAGCUCACGAUAAAGCCGACAAGGAGCACGUGGAGCUCCAGGAGCACGUGGAAGAACCAGAAGAAAACUUCAAUGAUGACACUGAUGAAGAGGAACAUGUGGAGGAAGAGCAACAGAAGAUGAUUUGUUGUCCAAAGUAUGGAGUACCGAACCCAGUCCCGAUGUACACCGGAAAUCUCGACGGAUACAACUACUAUGUAAUUGGUGUUUACCCUUGAUAUGCUGGCUUGAAAGCGGAAAGUUCAGAUGAAGCUUAAUUUUUUUUUCAUUUACAAGAAUUAAUAUAUCAAAUUUAAUAGAGUUACAACUAAUCCUAUUUAUUCAAAAUACCGUCUUUUGUUAAUUAAAAAUAAAAUUAAUAUACAGA